UAUGUUGUCAGGAAUAUUAAAACGUGUUUUUAAUUUUGUCGCAUUGCGUAUGCUCUGUCCGUCACGAGCGCACGCGGUAAAGCACGUCUAUACGAUCCUGCCAUCUAUAGAGUGCAAUAGAGAUGUCAACAGGCGAGUCAGUGUACGAAAAUCUAUACGGAAAUCGUCUCUGCUUUACCAAAGAAUACACUUACUAAAAAAACUAGAAUGUAUGCGAUGUUCUAUUGUGAACUGUUUCGUUAAAAACUUAAUGCUAAAAUUUAGCUGUCACGUCAACUCUUCUGUCAAUUUUAUAAGCUGAUCAUGCUAUUUCGUAUUUAUUUAUUAAGUUUUUUAUUACAUUUUACAACGAGCAGGGUUAAUAAGCGUUUAAAGAUCUCGUGUGGCUUGGACGAAGUUUCAAGAGAUUCUGUAGCUAUGAGGUUUUAUGUACAAAUUGAAAACACAGGCAAUGACUGUAAGGUGGAAUGCAUCCCAGGCAGAUGCUGUACUGAGCAAGGAGAUGAGGAGAAUUGCGAUGUACUGAAGUUGUUUGGGGGGUGUCUGCAGAAUGUUCCCUCAGGUGAAAGCAGGACAGUGCGAUUAGCUGCACCCCUUCUCGACCCUUUGGAGAGGCGUGGCUUUUGUGUCGUACACGUGAAUUCAAAACUCAAAGAUCAUCCACUCUACCGGGACACAGUGACCAUCCCCUUCGACACCGGCCGACCCUCUGACGUCACACCCUGCGCGCGCAUCGACCAAGACGCGCUCAACGACUGCCAGCCAGUCAACUGUGAAACUUAUUACAAUGGACACAAGCCUCAUUUUAGUAAGCGCCUAAAACGAUGCAUACCAGCAGUCACUUGUGCUGAAGAUGAUAUUUAUGAUGAGGAUUUAAACAGAUGUGUUAGUCCAAUAACUGAUGACGAUAUUAUAGAAAUUGAGUCCUUAAGUAAUAGAAAAAUGAGAAGUAGCAAUACAAACAAGGAGCACAAGAAAGCUGUGUUUAAUACAACGAAAACAUCAAAGGAAGUUACGAAAAGCGAUUUGGAUAUAGCGCAGAAAAUCAUAGAAAAUUAUAACGUGCACAAAUUACCAAUAAAGUUUUUAGACAGUUUAAAAUCGCCUAAAAUAUUGAUUUGUGUAAUAUGCGUGCAAUGUUGUUUUGUUCUUCUAUUAGCUUUUUAUAUUAGAGACAAAUGUCAUUGUGUUAGUAAAGAUAAAGAGGUUUUAAAUAAGUUUUUUAAUAAUAGACAAGAAGAUUCGAUAACUACACCUUUGAUAAGCGCAAGCCAUGCGACUGUAACUACAUGUCAAUUCCAAACGGAUUCUUCGUCAAAUAUUGACAGAAAGAUAAAAUUUUAUAAAGCGUGUCAAGACAAGAGAGCUAAAGCAAGCAUGUCAGAUGACAUUCUAUCCAGAUGUCUCAAAAGACGAGACUGGAUAGCGAAACCUAAAUCUUCAGAAGUUAUACAAAGUAACGUUGGUAUACAAGUUUAUGAUACAGAGAAAUCAGAAAACGAAAAAACUAGCAAUAAACAGGAUAUUUUACCAGCAUUGUCAUCAGAGCAGCAAGUGAAAUGCUUUGAAUAUGAACCGCAUAAUUUCUACACGAGAUAUGUGACAUCACUUCAGAGAACGCAUUCAUUGGCAGAAAAUUCGAAAAACGUACAAGCAAGUUUCCCUAAAGAUUCUAUAGAUGAUUUCUUAUCAGAACGAGGUCGCGCACAGUCUCAUUCAAUAUCAGGAUCUAGUAGGACUUCUAAGAAUAAUUUAGAUACGGUUCUUUCGUUGCUGUCGCAGAAGAUAGGGCCGUUAUCAGAGCCUGGGAGUGAGGACUUGGAGCUGUUACAUAUGUCGCGGGCGUCGGUAUAUUCUUCUUCGAACGCAUCAGAUUAUGAGAUGAAGAGGAUUAAAGAAUCUAGGAGUUCUUUAUAGCAAAAACUACUUGAUUAUGCAACUGAUUUGAAUUUCGUAUUUGGAGCGUGCAUAGAACCUGGCAUUGUCGCUGUGAGCUUCCGACUUAAUGAGGCGCUCUCCCACAGCAGACAAGAAAACUAGCUAUCGACUUUCUUGCUCAAGAAAUUUACAUGUAAAUGUAGGGCACGAUUGAAUGAAUAUAUAUUUAUUGUUGAUGACCCUGUUCAUGCUGCCGGCGAAAACGUGAUGAUGCUGUUCAUGCUGCCGGCGAAAACUUUUUUCAAAGCUGUCAAACAAGACUCUCUCAUCAAUACUA